AUGUCCUCCGUCCCCAACCAGGGCUGCGCAAGGCACUAUUGCGUGGGUAAGCCGCGGCCCCGGAGAAUAGACGGCCUCUCGUGGAUGGACCCGGUAUAUCCCAACAUCGACCCGGUGACUCUACACCUGGAUGAUCCGUCUCCCAGCCAAGUAUCUCAGCCACUCCCACACCAGCUCGAUGAUCUAUACAUCUCGGAACUGCCGCAGAUCAACAAAAAAUUUGGCCUGCGUACGCGAGAAGCCGCAGUAUUUGCCAAAGCUGAUGCCUAUACUGCGAAAGACGAGGCGCAGCAGCUGGUUGGAAACGCCAUCGACGUGAAAGAGUGGACCUGGUUCCCAUUUUGGGCGAGAGACCGCUGA